AUGAAGAAGCUCAACGGCAAGUACUUGAAAGCGAGCAAGCUCGAGCUCAACCCUAAGAACUUCGAAUUGCCCGACGAGACUGUCGAUCCUCCUCCCAAACCGAAAGCCGCAGCCUCUCCUCCACCGCCACCAGCAAAGGAAAACGGGAAGGCAACUAGCGCUAAGGAAUCCGGCAAAGGCGCCAGCGCCUCACCGGCCGCUGCGGCGGUCCAGGCGUUCCCUCAGCCCAAAGUUUCAGGCAGACAGUCGAAGAAGGUCAAGUCAGAUGAUUCUAAGAUAGUCGAGGUGAAGCCUGGCAUGACGAUCAAGGAACUGGCGGAGACGAUGGGCAUACGUGUGGUGGACGCACUCAAGUCGCUGAUCAAGAUGGGAGAGGAGCCCAAGACUAUCCAGGAUGAGCUGACCAUUGACAUCGCAGAGCUUCUCGUGCUCGAGUACGGCAUGCACGUCAAACUCCCUGAAGGGUCUGAGUCCAUGAAAUUGGAUCUCAGAGCCCCGGUGGUGACGAUCAUGGGACAUGUGGACCAUGGCAAAACAACGCUGCUGGACUACCUCCGUUCUACCUCAGUCGCAGCGGGCGAGGUUGGGGGGAUCACGCAGAGUAUCGCAGCGUUUGAGGUUCACCGACCGAAGUUGGGUAAGAUCUGCUUCAUCGACACUCCCGGGCAUCAGGCUUUCUCGUCCAUGCGCGAGCGAGGAGCCAAGGCAACGGACAUCAUCGUGCUUGUCAUUGCUGCUGAGGACGGAGUGAUGCCGCAGACCAUCGAAGUCAUCGAUCAUGCGCGAGCAGCCCAGGUUCCUAUCAUCAUCGCCGUGAACAAGUGCGACCUCCCAGGCGCUGACCCCAACAUGAUCUACUCUCAGCUCAUGGAGCACGGCGUCACUGUGGAGCCGUUUGGAGGAGACGUGCAGACGGUGAACAUCUCGGCCCUCAGAGGCCAGGGGAUCGACAAGCUGGAGGAGGCGAUCCUCUUGCUGGCGGAGAUGAUGGACCUGCGGGCCCCGCGCGACGGGCCGGCUGAAGGAUUCAUCAUCGAGUCAAGGAAAGACAAGGCGCUCGGCCCCGUCGCUUCCUGCGUCAUCACCCUCGGGGCUCUGCGUGUCGGGGACGUGGUGGUAGCAGGAGCGGACUGGGGGAGGGUGAAGGUGCUCAGGGAUGCGAAAGGAGAGUCGGUGAAGUUCGUCGGGCCCUCGUCUGUGGCGGAGGUCGUCGGGUUUCGGUCGCAGCCCUCGGCAGGGCAGGAGCUUUUCGUCGUCGAGAACGAUUCCAAGGCGGAGUCUUACACGGAAAAGUUCGGGUCAAGAAAGGGGAGCAUGAAGAGGAUACAGAGCUCGAAGCAGGAGGAGCACCAAGGGGAGCUGAUGGAGGUUCCCGUCAUCGUCAAGGCUGACUGCGAAGGAACGCUUGAAGCCGUCAUGGCCUCGCUCCUCGCGCUCCCCAGCCACGAGAUCGUCCUCAAGAUCAUCGAGAGCGGGACAGGGCCGGUGACCGAGUCGGACGUGCAGUCGGCGAGUGCAAGCGGAGCUCACAUCUACACCUUCAACUGCCGCCAACCGUCAGCCCAGCUGAAGAAGACGAUCCAGAAUCUUGAGGUGAAGGUUUCAGACUUCCGCAUCAUCUACGACCUCAUCGACAACGUCACCAGCCUGCUGGUCUCCAAGCUGCCGCCCAGGGAGGAGCUGCAGGUGGUGGGAGAGGCUACCGUGCUGCAGAAGUUCGAGAUCACCGGGAAGAACGCGACGGUGGUGGCAGGAUCGAAGGUGACUAGGGGGAUGGUGAAGUCCAAGUGCGAUGUCAAGGUCAUGAGGAAGGGCGAAGUGAUCCACGAGGGGAAAGUCGAGACGCUGCGCAGGGGGAAGGAGACGGCGGAUCAGAUCAUGGCGGGCAACGAGUGUGGCAUCACACUGGAGUCGUUCACGGAGUUCGAGAAGGGAGACAAGAUCCAGUUCUUCGAGAUGGUGGUGACGGAGAGGAAGGAGCUCUAG